AUAUGUUUCCUUGUUUGAAAGAUGCUCCAUAGUAAGCAUGCGAUGGCCAAAGUCCAGGCCAACUGGCACUGUGUGCUAUCAUGUGGGCUAGGCGCUUGGGCGUGCCCCACCUGUGGCCAUCACGCGUCAAGGUCUUCUUUCUUGCCAUUUUGACAUCGGUCUUCAAUUUCAGUGUUUUCCAGUACUUGCAUAACGCCAAUGUCGCAUACCUCAACCUGUCUUCUCCAGAAUCAGAUGAGAUUGCUUGCAAGCUGCCGAGGGAAGAAUGUGCCAGCAACCCUGACCCUGCAAGCUGCACUGUCGAUUUAGAAGACAGGCGCUUCUGGAGAGGUUUGAACUUGACGACUCCUUGUCCUAAGCUCCCAGAUUCAUUGAAAGGUCAAACAUGUCGAAACCCAUGGCUUCCGCUGCGUGCUGUUUCAGGUGAUUUGGGGAGUUUGCACACAGUGAAUGUCGGUGUUCAUCCUUUUCGGCUUUGGAGCAUUUUGUUCUUGAUCCUGACGUCCCUGCUCAGCUUGUCCAUCCUCAUUCAUGACCUUGCAUUGCUGGAAGAGAAUCAGCGCCCAUUCAUCCUGUCAAUUCCAAACAUGAAGUAUGCUACUCCUUGCCUGUGGGAUUGCUUGACAUGUGUCAGAGGCCGACUUCGUGCCCGGUACAUUUGGUCACAGAACCGCUGCUUCCUUGCUGUGCUAGUGAUGCUAUGGUCACUCUUUCAAACAGUGGCCUUCAUGGUUGUAAUGUACCCCUUCUCUUUGCUGGUAUGCGUUUAUGCUCCAGUGAAGAUGUCGCGGAUCAUGGUCUUUCUUUCCUCAGUUCUUUGUGUUCUAUGGUCGGUGGUCUUUAUGGUCACCAUUUCACUGGUCGACACCCAGCCGUAUGCGGUGAUUUGGGGCAUUUCCGAGUCGUCCAUCAGCUGCCUUUGCCUUUGUGAAUUUCCAUUGAACAGGCCGGUCGUUUUGCGGAUCCUAGUCCUGGGCACCGGGAUGUGUUGGCACUCCAUAAACCUAACGCUGCGUGCCCUCAAAGGGCUGCGCAGAGCACAGUGGGCCAACAUGUUUAGUGUGCUUUAUUCGGUUCCUGUGGAAGCAUUCCCAGUUGUGUGGGAAAGGCCGCAGGAAGCAGGCGGCGGGUCCAUUCGGUGGAGGAAAGAGGGCGAGGCUGUGCAGUCCGAACCUGCCUUCGACCCUUUCUGCCUAAUGGAUGAGCAGCCCGAAAGUGCAUGGACCCGUGCUAUUAUCGCCCCUGUGCCAGCGAAGGAUGACUCGCGUUUGAGCGUUUGGGAGCCAUACCUUGGCACUUUGGAUAUGGAGAUCGGCUGGUGCGGCUUUCCACGCCCUGUUGGCGGGGCGUGGGAAAAAGAUUGUUCGGAUGUGGAGAGCAGCAGUGCGUUGAAAGCUCCUGAUGACCGAGAAUCACCCCAACCAGAGUUGCAAGCGACCGUGUCCAACGGCAGUGACGGCCAAAACGGGCAAAAUGGCAAGCACGGGGGAGGUCAAUGGUCCCGCAAGGUGAAGCCCCGGCCUCCUCCUAUGCAAGAGCUGGAAGUUGAGGGAAGCGAGGAUGACCAGCUGGAAUCGCUGCAUGACUGGGAGAGUGACUGCGCCGCGAAAAGCAGGCCAGGCUCCUGCUCGAACAUCUACAAUCGUCGCUUGUCAGAUGCACAAGGCAUUUUCCAUAUAGAAGACAAGCGGCCACCGACACCUUCCAUGAGUUCAGCUGCACCGUCAAGACAACAUAGUCCAACAGAGCAAGGCCGUACGCCUGCUAACAUCAUUGGCCGCAGGCUGGGUACUCCUGUUGGUCAAACCGAUGCAGCGGCCCAAAGUGGGGAAAGACCCAAGGAGGCUGCCUCCGAUGGAGAACGUCCCUUUCUGGUGUGAGCGCAUAACUUCAAGUCCGGUGGGAAGCUGUAGCUGCUUUCUGAAGGCCAAAGUUGCCAGCCAAUGGAAUCAAAGCGCUUCAGCCCAAAA